AAAUGAAACCAGAAGAUGCCCAAACUAUCAAUACAGAAUCGUCUCCUACCAGAUCGAUACUAAUUCCAUAUCAAGGACAAGCCGAAAAUUCAACGAUUUUUGCAUCCCAUUCCUAUAUCACGACAUCAACUUAUUGGACAAUGACAUCGAGUCAGAGUACAUUGCGCUACUUUCGCAAUACACUCAUCACGUUAGAACCAUCAGGUUGGUUAUUGAUCCUCCCCAUCGGGGUAUAGAUGAUGCAGAGGUUCAAAAGUACGAACCAGAGAGAUCUGCUCUGAUAGAGCGAUGCUCCGAGGUCACAUCUGUUGCACUAUACUUUAAUAACCAUCUUCUAUCUAUUGGGGAAGUUGGACCCAGUAUAUUAAAGCUCAUCCAACUGGGUAAUAUUCGAUCAUUCGGCAUCUAUUCUCAAAGAAUGUUGCAAGAAAAGUUUGUAGACAUGAAAGGGGACGGGGACUUGGUUCACCUACUAGAAAGUAUUCUAGGAAUACCAGAGAUGAUUCAUUCGUUGAAAUAUCUCGACAUAGUUAUGGGAAGUUUGAGUCCGGGCCUGUAUGCUCAAGUCCGCGCAUUGGUCGCUUCCUUGACUUCUUUGACCAUGAGGCAGCCCCUAUCGUAUCUAGAUGACCUGGGAUGGGAGAUAUCCAAUAGGCUAAACUGGUCGCCUAGCACUCAAAUGCAGCGACUAAAUCUAGUCGCUUGUAGUGGGGCGUUGAUCUAUCAAAUCCCGGCGCUGGUUGGCCAUUUCAAAUCUUUACGAUAUCUGCUCACCUCCUCAUGUGGAUCAGAUACUGAUAUACGACUAGGCUCACGAUCACCAGGUUGGAGCCACUCCCCUCACGCUUUGUGUAACCAACAUAUACCUCUCGAGGAGUUUCAUAUCGAAUGCAUGGACGAACUAGAUAUCUUUGUUAUGGGGACUAUUCCCGUUCAAAGACUAAUCAUAACAAGAAUUUCCGCACUUGGCGUCAUUGAAGUCCUUCAAAAGGAUCAGGAAAUCUUUCCCAGUCUCAGAUACCUCAGCCUCAACAAAGAAAUGAAAACGAAUCACUAUGGAAAGGGGGAGUGGAGGCAACAUCUAUCAACAAUGCUUGAUUUGGAGGCGGUUUGUCGGCAGAGGAACAUUGCCCUGAGUUUUGAUGCGGAUAACAUACUUAACUUCUACGUAUCAAUCUGA